GACUAGCAGCCGCAGAGCCGUCCUCGGCGGUGGCGACGACGACGACGUUGCUCAGUCUUGGAGUGCGCUCCGCGGUGCGGGCCGAGCUGCGCGGAGGGCUCGGCGAUCAGCGGCGGCGGCGGCAGUGGGGAGGCCGCAGCGCCAUGGGGGGGCGUUAGACAGGCUGCGGCGGCCGAGGAGAGGGGCGGCAGCGGUUAUCUGGUCCGCGGCGACCUUCGGCCGGGCCUGGGGGUGGGAAGGCCUGGGGCGGGGGUCGUCCCUGGUUGCACGGGGCCGCGGGGCGGGGCUCGCCGGCCGUCGGGGUGCAGGAGGCCUGGGCCGCUGAAGGGAGAAGGCGCCGUCGGUCGCCAGGCCCUGCCGCCGGGCCGCUUGACGACGACGCUCCCGCGGGGGCCCCGCCUGAGGAGGACGCGGCGGCGGUGGCGGCGAGGCCGCGGGAGGCCGCGGAGGAUGGAGGAGCGGAAGGAGGAGGGCGAGGCCGAGAUCCAGGAGCACGGGCCCGAGCACUGGUUCUCCAAGUGGGAGCGGCAGUGCCUGGCCGAGGCCGAACAGGACGAGCAGCUGCCCCCCGAGCUGCAGGAGGAGGCGGCGGCCGCCGCGCAGCCCGAGCACAAGCAGCAGAAGCUGUGGCACCUCUUCCAGAACUCGGCCACCGCCGUGGCCCAGCUCUACAAAGACCGAGUGUGUCAGCAGCCAGGACUUUCUCUCUGGGUCCCCUUCCAAAACGCAGCCACCGCCGUCACCAACCUCUACAAAGAAAGCGUGGAUACCCAUCAACGAAGUUUUGAUAUUGGAAUUCAGAUUGGCUAUCAGCGACGCAAUAAGGAUGUGUUGGCUUGGGUUAAAAAACGCAGAAGAACUAUUCGUCGAGAAGAUUUGAUCAGCUUCCUGUGUGGAAAAGUUCCUCCACCACGAAACUCUAGAGCUCCCCCAAGACUGACUGUAGUGUCCCCUAACCGAGCUACUUCAACGGAAACUAGCUCAUCUGUAGAGACUGAUUUGCAACCCUUCCGGGAAGCCAUAGCUCUGCAUGGUCUUAGUGGUGCAAUGGCUAGUAUAAGCGUGCGUUCGAGUACCCCAGGCUCUCCUACACAUGUAAGCAGUGGAUCGAAUGCUAGUCGAAGGAGAAAUGGACUCCAUGAUGUCGAUUUGAACACUUUCAUAUCAGAAGAAAUGGCACUCCACUUGGACAAUGGUGGAACUAGAAAGCGUACCUCAGCCCAGUGUGGCGAUGUCAUUACAGACUCACCAACCCAUAAACGCAACAGAAUGAUCUAAACUGCAAACAUUUUCACACCCACCAUGCUGCUUGAAAGCCACUUGAUCCUCAACAUAUACUAUAAUUGCAAAGGAAACAUGAGGCCAUCUUCCCUUGUUCACUGUUUAAGACAAGUGAAUUCUAUAGUGGUUGCCAUAAAAGGAAGUUCUAGGUAUUUAUAGUAGAUGCCUCUUGUAAUUAUGGCUUUCUUAAAACUAUAAUCCUAGCAGAGGACAUCAGAUAUUGUGUAGUCGUUAGCAAGAUCAUCAUAGGCAAACAUAUAUCCGUUCCAAGGCUAAAAGUGACCUUAACUGUAUUUAUUCUCAAAGGGAAAGGAAAUAUCAGAUGUUUAUUUGGUUAUAGAAUGCUUUUUUUUUUGGGGGGGUCCAUUUCCUGCUGUGUUGAGUAUUUUGCUUCAACAGUAUUGCCAGGUUCCUAAAAUUGUCUAAAAAGAUGAUUUGGCUUCCAUUUUUGCAGCUGCACUGUACCAUGCACCUGGUUUCUAUAUAGUAACAGUGUGCAAUUCUAAUUAUUGGACUGUGCCCUGUUUUUAGUUUUCAAAGCAGUUUCUAAUUCUGGUGAUUGUGUGAUGUAAAGAGGUGCUAUGAUGGUCAUGCAAUUAAUACUAAAUAUUGAAUCAAUGCACAGAGCUUUAUUGGAUUCACUUUGUGUGUGUUAGUGCUCUAAAGUAGCAGUAUUAUUAUUAAACUGUCCCCAGAGUAACCCUGUAGGCCUAAAGUACUCAGUUUUAAGACAAACACUACUUCCCAUGCGGGGUACUUUCCUUGUGGUAAAUGUAAACAUGUAGACUGCAUUCGAGGUGACCUAAAGUAGAGAGGUCGUGAACCUUGAGAAUGGGCUUCCUUUUUGGUUCAGUAUUAGUGAGAGGGAGAGGGAGAUGGAUGGUGGGGUAGGUUUUCUAGUCUAUCAUUUUACAUUUUUCAUGGAGUCCCUGCUUAGUGCAGUUUCCAUUGGAAUGGGUGGAAGAUGAUAAAGCUCUCUUUUAUCUACUAAUAAUGUGAUUGCAACUUAAAAUAGCAAAACCCAACUCUCCCUGUCCCUCCAGUCCCUCUCCUAAAAAGUUCAGUUUGGAAUCUCAUUCUGGAAAAGAUGGAAUCGCAUGGAGAUUCUCUAGCUGUUAGGUAGACCUAAAUAAAAAGUUCUCAAUAGAUUCCUCUUUUGAGUAAAUAUAAGACCUCCUGUAGCUACAAUGUUUUAGAGCAUGUUUCAUCUUCAUUUUUAAUAUCCUGAACUGAAUGAUAGUGUUUUUUUAGAUGAAGAACUGAUGUCAGCCUGCCAGGUAAUGUAAUUUAUUCUAUCAUAUUAUUAUAUUAUAUAUCAAGUAGGACAGUGAAAAAUGUUUCCUUGCAAACUUGUAGUCCAGUAUCAGUUACUUCCUAUUUUUAUCCUUAAAAGACCAUUGCAAAUCAGUGUAAGGGUUUUUCCAGUUAUUACUCACAGCACUUUGUUAAAGUUUGCAAUUUCUUCAGCCAUUUAAUAAUAUCUUUCUGUGAAGAAACUUUGCUGAGUUAACCAUAAAUAUUCAUUCAUUGACUGGGUGGGAUGUGAAUGGAAUGUUAGAAAUGUUGUGUGAAUUGAAGUUCUAUAUUCAUUAUAGAUGUAGCCCUUAUUUAAAAAAGUGAAUUCCAUACUAAAACUAGGAAUGAAAGUGAGAGAUUGCUAAACUUUUGCGAAAGUGGAUCAUUUUUUGUUUGACUAUAAUAGCAGGAAGAAUUAUAGCAAUCUGUCAUUUUACCUGAAACAGACAAGCCUAUGUAUUAUGAAUACUUUCAAGCUUCCCUUUGGAAUAUACAAGACAUGCAUUUGGAGUUACCUUUGUUUUUGUAUCGUUGUAAAUUUAGAUUCUGGAAUUGGGGUUUGGUGGUGCAAUGUGUUGCUCACAAGUGGCCAGAACUCCUAUUCCUAAAAGGAUUUUGAGAUGGAGGAACACAUAUUUAAUUCCCGUUUAUGCCUUGGUUCUUGUUCCUCUUUCCACGUUGGAUAACAAUUUUUUGGUUGUUUUGUUUAAGUUGGUGCUCUGAAGCUUAAUCUCAGUACCCUUUACUCUGAAUUGUCAAAUUUUGAUAAAACGUGCCAUUUUCUUUGGUAAGAGAAAGCAGGUCUUAAUGUCUGCCAGAACACAAUUUAUAUGCCUUAUUGGCUUCAUUAAACUUUUAGAAAACUUUA